AGUAAAUCCGAAUAUAAAUUGUGAAGUUUUCUUACAAUUAAUAUUAUUUAAUUAUAAUUGUUAUUUAAGCAAAAAAAAAAUGAGUUUCGAAAGUUGACAGUAAGUUUUACAGCUUGGUAUCAGUGGUUAUGACCGGUUACGCACACACGUACAUUGUUAGUAUUAAUGAAUUUUCGAAACGCUCGUGCCCGUCAACCAGAAAUCGUGCGUUCCAUUCAGAAGGAUGACCGUUAUACAAAGGAAUUAGCGGGGGAUAUCUCAGAUUUAUUACGUUUGGCAGGACGCCGUAAUUGGAUAAAAUACAAUCAAUUGUGCCAAUUAAUCGCCGAGAUUAGUUAUCACGGCUUUGCAUCUUUGAAUAAUCUACAAACAUUAGGUGAAGAAUACACUGGCAUCAUACAAAUCGAUUCUCAGUACAGAAAUAUUCCUUCAAAAUUACUUCAAUUAGCCGCAAUUAUAUUGGAAUUUGGGGGAGAAGCUUUAUAUUUGAAAACGCUACAAAUAUUAGAAAAAUGUAUCAAGGAUAAUGAUGAAAUAGUACCUGAAGCUAAAAAUAAACUAAUAGCUAUCGUGCAAGCUAUGAGCAGCUCUCCAGCUUUUAUUAAAGCAUUGCACAAAUCGUGGUUUUACUUACGAUGUAAUAAAUAUCAACUAUCUAAACGUAUAACGGGUAUAAAUUAUGUACUUAUACGUCAUUGGCUGCAACCGCACUUCUCAUUAUAUGGAUAUAAGAUUCUAGGCAUAAUUACCUUUGUACAAGUUAGUUUAUCAUUAGCGUCUAUACUUUACGACAUUUGGGGUCAACACAAACGCAAACAGCUUCAGUCCUUACAUAUCUCGAAAGGCUCGCUUCAAAAUGAGAAAGUUAUCGAAGAGAAAGACGACUUGAGUAGACCCAAAUGUACAUUGUGCUUAGAGCCACGUAUAAAUACCACAUUAACACCUUGUGGUCACUUAUUUUGUUGGAAUUGUUUGUUGGAUUGGCUAGACGAGCGGGACCAAUGUCCUUUGUGUAGGGAAUAUUUAAAGAAAUCUAAUCUUAUACAGCUUAGAAAUUUGUAAAGGUUACCUUUUAAUAUAACGGCUGAGGGAAUAUUUUUAAUAUUUCAUAACAAGUUAAGAAAUAAUAAUAAUAAACAUAUCCGUAUGUGCGAAAAUUUGUUUUUUGUUCUAUUCCACUACCAAUACAUACAUUCAUAUAUAAGCUGUUGAAAAAGGAGGACUAUAGGUACGUAUAGAAAUCCAUUUAUUUAUUAUCUUAUUUUUGUAGCCAUCAUCCGCCAAGUAUAUACAUAUGUUUACACAUAUUCAUUACAUAUAUGCUCUUCGUAAA